AUGUAUGACAACAUCUCUGAUUUCACAAGAUAUGAUGACGACCAUGACCCCGAACACGGUGAAGAAGAAGUUUUACAAACAUCCAUUAAGACAGGAAAGGUUUUAACUCAAAGUCGCAUUAUUGACACCAAAGAUGGCGAAGUGGACGUUCUUCAAGAGCUGAAGAAAAAUACUUCUGAAGGAGGUGGUGGUAGGCAUGAACUUGAAAUAAAUGAGAUAGAAGAGAAAUUAGCCGAAAAAGCAGAUAAAAACCAUGUUCAUUAUAUAAGUUCAGACGAACAGAUUAUAACGGACUACCAUGGAUAUUUAACACAGGAUGAACAAAUAAGCACUGAAGAUGUUAAUGAAAGAAGAUAUAAAUACAUUCGUGAUAAAGGUUAUGACAUACGCUGUACUGUACAGUAUGACACAGGUAAAGCACAAGAAACAUUUGGUUAUAACGAUGAAAUUUAUGCCUCUAGUUUCUUUGUUAACGGUGUAUUAGUUGAACCAAGAUUUACUUUGAGAGUUAAGGCAAAAAUAACGUUUGAAGAUGCUAUUAAAAGUAAAGCUGACAAAGAUGAACUUGACGCAACGAACAAAGUUUUGAAAUCUCAUAAACACAAUAUCUCCGAUAUAAAUGAACUUCAAGCUACAUUAAAUAGUAAAGCCGACAAGAACCAUACACAUAAAUCCUUCACUACUGUUGCUAUAGAAAGUAUUGAAGGAACUGGUGGGGAUACAUUAUAUUAUAAACCUCCUAACUUUCCACAAGGUUUAACAUCGAAUGAAAACAUAACAACGACGAAAGGCAUUAGCUGUAAAAAUGUUUAUGUCAUGGAUGAUGAAAAUAAUGUUAAAUUCACUGCUCAAGAUUUAUAUGAUAAGAAAGCAGAUAAAACUUAUGUUAACGAUGAGUUAGAGAAGAAGGCGGAUAUGGAAUGGACAUCGGAGACUUUUAAAGUUAAAGCUGAUACAGGAUGGGUUUCAGGAUGUUUAGACCUUAAAGCAGAUAAAACUUAU